AUGCAGAGUCGGAAGCUUCUUCACACGCCUUCUUGCCAAACGGCGAAGGACCCUUUUCUUGGUGUCUGUAGAUCGCCCCGAAUCUCGUCGGGUCUGCCAAGCUGUCACUACACGAUCGCGCAGUGCUUCGUGACAACUCUUGAGAGAGAGCCGGUCCCUCUGACUCGGGAAUUCACAGUACAGCGACUGUGCGCUGGAGAUGAGGGCUACAUGAGCCCCACUCCUCAUGCCACGGCAUCCACGUACAAUCACCAUGGUCCGAGUUGUAUCCGAUAG